AUGCCGCUGUCCGAGAUCCCCGUCGAAAUGUUGACGCAUCUUAAUGUAGCCUUUGGCUAUAUUACUGAUGACUUCAAGGUGACCAACAUGGACGGUGUCUCUGCAGAUCUCUUCCACAACGUGGGAAAUGUCAAGGCUCGCAAUCCCGACCUCAAGAUUAUGAUUGCCAUAGGAGGGUGGACGUUUAGCGACCCGGGUCCUUGGCAAAACAAAUUCCCGACAAUGGUGGCCACGGCAGCGAGCAGAUCUACCUUCAUCCAAAACCUGCUAGGUUUCCUCCAAGAAUAUGGCUACGAUGGUGUUGAUUUCGAUUGGGAGUAUCCUGCUGCAGACGAUCGAGGUGGCUCGCCUGCUGACUCUAUCAAGUACGGGAUCUUCCUCAAAGAGCUACGCGCUGCCAUUGAUGCAAGCGGCCACAAAUACCUUGUUACCUUUACAGCACCUUCAUCCUAUUGGUACCUUCGUCACUUUCGAUUGGAUCUGAUGGAACCCUACGUCGACUGGAUCAAUCUCAUGUCAUAUGACAUUCACGGCGUGUGGGAUGGCAGCAACCCCAUCGGAAAUCAUGUUCUGUCGCAUACUAACCUUACCGAAAUCGAUCUUGCUUUGGAUCUGUUUUGGCGCGCCAAGGUCAAGCCCUCAAGCAUUGUUCUUGGACUCGGCUUCUACGGGCGUUCCUUUACGUUGAGCGAUAACAAUUGCUGGAAGCCGGGAUGCCUCUUCAGCGGCCCUGGCGCUGCCGGUCGGUGCACCAACACACCUGGUAUUCUGUCCUACCGCGAAAUCCAGGAGCUCAUCUAUCAAACCGGCGCCACGGCUUACACGGAUAAGGCUGCAGCUGCGAAAUAUAUCGUCUACGGCAACAACAGCUGGAUCUCCUUCGAUGACCAAGAAACGUUCAAAGCUAAAAUCGACUAUGCGAAUAAAGUUGGGCUCUCUGGUCUGAUGAUUUGGGCCAUUGACUUGGAUGAUGGUGAUUUGUCUGCUCUCUCCGCUGUCACGGGUCGAAACGUUGGUCAGAACAACGGCAAAUUUACCCUUACCGACCUGAAGAAUCUGUUUCCUUCGGAGAUGCUUCCCUCAUCGCCAGACGAUGUAGUCUAUGCCCUGACUACGUUUUCCGGCCAAUCGGACACUGGAUAUAGCAACCCUCGCGAGAGUGGCUUUGGUUUUAUGUUGAUGAGUGGCGAGAAACACGUUGUUUCGAGACUGCGCAGACGUGAAGGAGACCCCGAGCCCUUUACUUUCCUCGACUGCCCAGGGAAUAUUGACAGCGAUGAUGGCGAUAUUACCUAUACCGCUCGAGUUGUUUGUUUGAGCGACGAUAUCGAGGGGUGCUUUCAGGUCAUGAUUGGAGGAAUCGAGGGAACGGCGGUCGAAAUGCCGGACAAUUGUGCACCAAACACCAUUGCUCGAGCACUAUCAUUGACACCGUCAAAAGACCAAGCUCUUCCAGAAGACAUGCACGGUACCGACCCUACCUCGCUCAUUUUCGACUUCUCUUUCGAUUUCAACAUGCUUCGUGUUCGACAAGAUUCGGAACAAACUAGCGUGCGUAUUGACUUUUCAACCUCUCCGGAUUACUGGGUCAAUAUUCUCGAUACCCCUGGUAUUCAAUCCCGUGAUUUGGAGGGUAGGUUUUUCGCACCCACCGCCGCUCAAUGGGAAUCUCGAUUUGUGGAAGGUAACUUCCGCAGAAAAUACGCCUUUUCUAUCAAAGAAACAGUAUCAACUCCAUUGUUCUGGAACACUGCUAAAGAGUGCGACUUCCAAGGCGAUGGUGGCUUCAUCGAAGGUGUCGCAGCAUAUAUUGCUGGUGACAUUGAUGUCAAGGUUGACUAUGGAUUCUCUGCCGUCUACCGCUAUAAAAAGGACGACUCACUCGAUUUGUACCAAGCUUCUGGAUAUAUCGACCCGAAAGGCAAGAUUGACAUGAGCUAUGGCGUCGGCGGCGUUGCUGAUAUUGAUGUCACCAAGGGAACUGGAAGUAAUCCCGCUUUUGCGGAUGGCGUGUCGAAACGCAUUGAUAAACAGUCGUUGACGCUUUAUGGAGGUGCCAAGAUCACCUUUGCGCCGUACUAUGCUUUGGAGUAUGCCAUGGCGACAUACAACAGCUCUGAUGCCAGUGCUCCCAAUAAUGGCGUGGCGGCAUUUGACGGCCUUCUUACAUCGCGCGUGGUGACUGAUGUUGCGAACUUUACCGCAUAUUAUCCUCCCAAAGAUGGUGACGAGCUCGAAACGAAGAAGCUCAACGACGUCUCAGUCCAAGACCACAACAUCAUCUACACUAGCACAGAGGCGGGUGGCAAGAUUGGCUUGGAAUCUAUUCUCAGCAUCGGCCUAAACAUCACGGUAAAUCAUUACAAGAACAAACCAGCACCUGUCAAUGUUGAGCUGGAGCUUGGCUACACCACUCUUGCCAUGUACACAUGGCGCCCCGGCGACGGCGCUGACGAGGGCAAAACCUGUAUUGAUUACGACAUUGGUACACUGGGGUGGCAAAGCGCGUCCAACGGAAAUCGCUUCGGCUGGAAGGAUGGCGCCGUCAGAGAGGCACAGAGUGAUGAGCAGACUAGUGCCGCAGCUCCCAAGUGCUUCGCUGACUUGGACCCGAAUGGUGAGGAGAAGCGCGCCAACCUGCCCUUGGUUGAAACCACGAAGGCGCUUGCUGCACGUCAAGGUGAUCCGGAGAUGCCUGGCUGGGAUUAUAAGCCGUUCGAAUUUCCUAGCCCCCUUAAAUAUGUCGGCUUCGUCGGGGGCAACGGCCCUGCAGGCGACAUUGUCAAUUUCAACAACGGAGGCCUGUUCAAGGGAAAAGCAAAGCCCGAAAAGGUUCACCAACUAGUACCUCGAGCAUCGGGCACGGCAACACUCGGCAAUAAAAUGGGCAGACUUUGCAGCAAACCAAGGGUCUCCUUGGGCGGUAACGGGCGCUAUCCAUCGUUUCCUGCAGACGCAUCGUUUCCAUGGAACGGCAUCGACAAUCAUAGAUGGGACUCCAUUCCACGGUAUUGGGGUAACGCUACUGGUACUUGCGACGACUGGACUGUUAAGAAGUGGUCCACGCAUGACACUAGAUGGGUGAAUGGUGCCUUUGAACGCGCCAAAUAUCAAACUGAGCACGUUUUUGAGGCUCAGAUCAUCGCAGAUUUCUUCUCCAACUGGCUUGACAGUGGCAAAAUCACGAAUCAAAGACCCAUACCGAGCAAUCCGAGCCCUAAAAUGCCGUGCGCGCUUUCGGAGAGAUAUGUCUGGCCGAGCAGCAAUGACUGGAAGGUAGCUGGUAAAGCGGAAGGGUUUUUCAAGGUGCUUCUGGGGGAGCUCGGCAGCAUCCGACAUCUCGAUCGACUCACCGUUUUCCUCGCGCGGCCAAACAGAAUGAAGGGUGCUAUGUUUGAGGGCAACAAGGCCGUCGCGGAGGCGACCUAUCUCAUCAUGUCGGCGGACGAGCAGCUGUCGGCAGUCAAGGAAAUGGGCAUGGCAUUUACCUAUCUGAAUGAGGCAGAUGUUUGGGACGCGUUCUGCGCGACAUAUGAGGGCAUCUAUGACCGGCUCGGAGAGUACAACACGUGGUGGGCGAAUAACCCACCGGCCGGCCCGAUUUCCAUCCCCGACCUGCAGAAGGAAUGGAAAGACUAUAUGAAGGUCGUCAUGGACUCUAUGGUUACACGAGCCAAGGCCGAUUUUGACUUUAUGUUCUUGAACAGAAAGGGAGUGAACCAGGAUCCAUACAAGUCCGCCUGGACAUACAACAGGCUCUUCAAUCGCGGACUGAUUCGGUUUGGGCGUACAUGCAAGAAUAUGGAUCAAUCGACGGCUUAG